AUGCCUGUCCUGAGUCUCAGCGAGCUGAACAUUGUGCUCGGCGUGCUUGGCACUUUUAUUCUUUUCUACGCUAUCAUCUCCGUCAAAAUCAAGCAGGCUUGGUAUCUCGGCGAAGCUUUACCUGCUGUCGCAUUUGGAGUUGCCUUGGGCCCUAUAGCUGCCCAAUUCAUAGAAAGUGAGAAAUGGGGUUCGGCAGAACCAGGCCAGACAAGUGCCAUCACUCUGGGCGUCACUCGUGUCAUGAUUGGUGUCCAGCUUGUCAUUGCAGGCUAUCAACUCCCGGAAAAGUACUGCAUCAAGAGAUGGAAGGAGAUGGCACUGUGUCUUUUGCCCGUUAUGACCGUCAUGUGGCUCUGCACGUCAGCCUGUAUCAUGUUCACCAUCCCCAAUAUCACAUUCCUAGCUGCCCUCGUUAUUGCCUCGUGCGUCACCUCCAUCGAUCCAAUCCUUUCUCAGGAAAUAGCCAAAAGUCCUUUUGCCGAUAAAUUUGUUCCUCGUCCUCUAAGAGAGAUGAUCUCGGCGGAGGCUGGUGCAAACGAAGGCUUUGGUUUCCUCUUCCUCAUGCUCGCUACGUACCUGAUUCGACAUGCCGAUGUAUCCGGCGCUGGUGCUGGUGUCAGUACAGCGGCUGCUAAUUCUACUGCUGAGGCAGUCCAUGCUGCAACCCAUGCACUGAUGGCACGUAGCGAUGAGGUUGGUCGUCUUGGUGGCGGUGUUUCUCAUGCCCUUGAGACCUGGUUUGUCGAGACUUGGCUAUAUGUCUUCGCUUUGUCCAUUGCCUAUGGAUUCAUUGUUGGAUAUGGGGCAUGCAAAGUAAUCAAGCUUGGUCUCAAGCACAAGUACAUUGACGACGAGUCAUACGUCCUGUUCCCCACGACCCUCGGUCUCUUCAUUGUCGGCAGCUGCGGAGCCAUCGGAACUGACGACCUUCUCGCCUGUUUCGUCGCUGGUUGUGCGCUCAACUGGGACGGCAACUACCUUCGCGAAACCGAAACCCGCCAUGAUCAAGUCAACGCCUGCAUAGCAAUUCUCCUCAACUUUAGUGGUUUCAUGUACAUCGGUGCUAUCUUGCCUUGGCAGAGCUUUCAUGACCCCACUGGAACUGGCAUCACUCUUCCUCGCCUCUUUGGUCUCGGGUUCCUUGUUCUUGUCUUCCGUCGCCUACCAGCCAUUCUUACCUAUUACAAUGCCAUGCCUAAUGUCUGCAAAAACUGGAAAGAGGCUCUCUUCAUGGGGUACUUUGGCCCUAUUGGUGCUGGAGCUGUCUUUUAUGUUGAGCACGCACUCCAAUUGUUCCCACAAGACGGCGAGGGUGAUGAAGAAGAGACCAAUCUGGUUCGCGCCAUGGCACCUACUGUUUACUGGCUCGUACUUUUCUCCAUCGUCAUUCACGGCCUUUCCAUUCCUGCUCUCAAUCUGAUCUAUCACUUCACCGGUAAGGAGAUGAUUAAAGAAGAUGCAGUCGAAGUCCAUCGUGCCUCAAUUCGUGUUGCUACACCCAACAAUGCGAUUGCUGGCGAUAACGAUACAUUUAUCGCAUUUAACCGCUUCAGUCGUCAGGUGGGCUCUGAAGCCCCUCAGUUACCCGUUCAGAAGGAGCUGCACUAUUGGUCGGAUGAUGAACAGUCUAUCAAUGAGGCUGACAUCGAGAAAAAGAAGAGUAGAUUGACUUGGGCUGACAAGGUCUAA